AUGCAGGACGACGGUCUCCACUUCGGGCCGCGCCUUUACGACGAAGACGAGGUGUCGUCGGCCGACGAGCGCUUCGAUUCGAACGAGUCGGCGGACUUUGGACUGGAAGGGGGCGACAUGGCCCCGCACGAGCGCUUCAUCAAGGAGCAGGCCCAAAAGGACAAGAACAAACUGAAUGAGGCCCGCCUGAACGCUAUCGGCGACGAUCUGGCUUCGACGAUCGGCGAACUGCGCGAGGCUGCUGACGUUGCCCAGUUGAUGCGCCGCGCGCUCAGGGACUCGAGGAACAAAACGAUGGAGCGACUGGUCGAAUUCGAGGGCACCUACAAGGGCGUCAGCAACAUGGCCCAGCAAUACUCGGAUAUGUUUGACUAUGGCAUCGCCGACUGCACGAAGAAGGUGACCGCCGUCAACAAGCAGGUCAACGACUUGGACUGGCAUCUGAAUAGCGCCGACUCGCUUGUCGAGGCGCUGGAGUCGGUGCGUGGCGUCACGCUGCUGAUGGACGCUCGCAUGGAGCCGAUGGAACAACUCGCCCGUCGCCGAGCCGAAAAUGCUCAGUGGCAGCACUUGCUCGAGGUGGACAUCGACAAGAUUCUCGCCGCCCAGCGCCAGUUCCGCGCGUUCAUCGACCGCCCGCCCACGCAGUUCGGCUCGACCACCUGGAACGCGUCGGUGGCCAGCGAGAUGGCUCGCCAGAUGAGCAACGUGCGGCUGAUCUUUGCCCGCCUCCACCACAUCAUCGACGAGUCCGAGGAGGCCAGGGAGUGCAACGAGUUUUCCCACCAGGCCCGUCUGCUCGCCUCGGCCAUUGCCGACAUUGAGCUGCCAAUCCUGAUCGCCGAGCCGGGCGGCACGGGGAUGCACGAGAUGGCGUCGUGGGCCGAGCUCAGCACGUAUUCCACACAACACGUCACCUCGAGCGCCAGCAAGCCCUUGGCCGCCGAGCCCCCGCACACUGACCAUUCGGCCCUGCCCACGCACCUCAGCUACUCGGCCGAGUCGUUCAAGUCGGCCCUGGAGAAGCUGCCCGAGGCGAACGCGACCAGCUCGAAAAUCCAAGUCGAGAUCACCGAAAGCGAGACUCGUCCGAUGUUCGCGCCGACGACCGUCACUGAGGACAAGGACUUUGUCAACCCGGAGCCCCAGUCGCCAAUGUGCCCGACGGCCCGUCACAAGUCGGCCGACUCGGUGGUCACCGCGGACGUGCAGCCCUCGGAAGCUGCCCAGAAUACGUGCGACACGGACACGGCCGACUGCCGCACGGCCUGCGAGAUCACCGGCCUGCUGUCGUCGAACGCCGACGAGAGCUUGGUCGAGCCGCUCGCCUCGGUGUUGACCGCCUUGGAGGAGUCGAUGACCAGCCUGAGCCUGAAGACGGCCACCGCCAGGGGAACUCGCUCCACCUCGUCGUCUGCCGUAACGGCCGCCUCGGCUAGCCUCGACAGCUUGGUGAGCAUGCUGACGGCCCGGGGACUGUCCGUCGAGGACCUGCGUACCGCCCUCACCACCACCACGACGCCCACCCGCACGGCGCGCUGGGCCGAUGAGCUCAACACCGAGUGCACCCAGAACGAUGUCUCCUUCGUGGGCACCGAU